UAUAUUACCUUAGAAUGCCUGGCGCUCUUACUUCAGUCUUCGUACAGUCUUUGCUUUAACCCGUUCCACGUUCCAAUCUGUCCGCCGCUCGCUCAGCUCAGCUCGUUGGCUCUCCAUAGGAAUCAGAAUCGAGAAUCGAGAAUCGGAAUCGAGUGCUAUAUGGUAGAAUAGCAGCAGCGGCAAGAGCAACAGCAUCGCGUCGGUAGCCUGUUCCGUUAGCUAUCGCCUAACUCGGAAGUCCGCAGCCUCUGUCUCAGCCUCAGUCUCUGUCUCAGUCGCAGCCAAAGUCGAAGUCCUAGUUUCUGCCGCCGUCGCAGUCAGCAGCGCAUCCACAACACCCAAAACCAACCACCGCCGCCACACACCUCCACCGAAGCAGACGUCAGCGAACCCUGCCAACACCACCCCCCAGCAACAUCGCAGCAGCAUCAAGAACAACAGCAGCAGCAACAGCAACAGAACAGCCAGCACUCACGAAUUUCAAUAUACAAAUCAAAGUUGGGCUCAAAUCGAAAUCGGCCGCAUCAGCAGCAACAACGCCUCGCAACUCCCGCGGAUAAUGACGAAAAGUAAAAAAUAACACGCGCAGUUCGCAUCCAGUGCUCGGCUUGAACAGAUCACACCUCCAGUACCACAGUAUCAGUCCACCAGUAUCCAGUCUCCAGUAACCAGUAUCCAGUAUCCAGUAUCCACAGUACCACUCGCCCCAGUUAUCGAAAAACUUUAAAACCGAGUUCUAAUCCGAGACAAUCAAUCGAACUGCUUCCGGCUUCUCUGUGGUGUUUUCACUUUUCGCGUGUGACUCUAAUCAACAGUCUUAGCCAUCCAAACUUUAUUUUACUUUCCAAGUGUUGACUCAAGCACCUUGCGCUCCUAAAAUAGCCACAAUUACAAGACACAAGUAAAUGAAUUAUUGUUGAAACAGAAAACUGAAAACAGAAAACCGAAAACUGAAAACUGAAAACUGAAAACUGAAAAUUAUAAAUACAUCCAACAAACUCUUCAUCCAACUUCAACGACUCUGACUCGACACCUAAUUGUAGGGCCGCAAGCAUCAUACCCCAAGCACACAAUACCACCCUGCAUCACUCUGCAUCCUCCUCGACCCAACGACCUAAUCUAAACCCGGCGAGAAAAUACCAAACUAAGUCGACGUUAUCACGAAACUCAAAACUCGAAACGCGCCACAAUCACGGAUAAAUAACCACGGGAAAGCAAGUGAAAAUACAGUAACAGAGCAGAGGAGUUCUUUAAUCAACAUUUGUUGCCAAUAAACUGUCAUCAUUGCCGCGUUAACAGAAACCACGGCGUCCGCAGCGAUUGCAGCGCUCAGUAUCAGCAGCAGCUCCCAAGCAUCGCUAGCCGCCAACGCCAACGCCAACACCAACGCUAACUCCAGCUCGCCAGCCACGCCCAUAACAGCGCCGCCCGCACCGUCAGCGGUAGCAGAAGCAGCCACAGUCACAGCUUCAGAGCCAGCGCCCGGGGCAACGGUAAAAAGCGAGACCAUCGCAUCCGAAUCGGCCGAGUCCUCCCCUAUACAAGACUUAAUCAUGCAAAUGCAAUUGUUGCACGCACCGCCGUCCACGCAUCCGCAUCCACAUCCGCAUCAGCAUCCGCAUCCGCAGCACCCGGUCACAGCCGCCGCCGCCUACCAGGCCAUGCAGGUGCAUCAGCAUCAACAGCAGCAGCAGCAACAGCAACAGCAGCAGCACCAGCAGCAGCACGCGGUCUUCCACCAGCAGGUUGCAGCAUUUGCCGCACAACAGCAGCAGCAGCAGCAGGCGGCGCAGCAACAGCACCAGGCGCAGCAGCAACUGCACCAGCAGUUCCACUACCAAGCCCAGGCGCAAGCUCAGGCCCAGGCCAUGCUGCAGACGUACAUGCAGUUGCAGGUGAACAGUGCGGUGGCUGCCCCCGCCACGCCCACCAAGCCGGCACAGCCCUCGCAGGUGCCCGUGCCCGUACAGGUGCCCGUCUCCGUCUCCGUGCCAGCCGUGCCGGCGCAGUUCUUCGCCGCCCCGAGCACCCCGCUGACGAUCAUUCCGGCGGCGGCGGUGGCCUCCUCGGCCAUGUUCGCCACCGCGGCCACCCCCACCUCGGCGGCCACUACACCGACCAACAAUGUAAGGAUCGAUGAACAAUUUAUAUACAAACUGAACUAUCUGCGCGGAAGCGACGAACUUUUGAGUCAAGCAGCAGUCAUGGCGCCUGCCUCCGACAACAACAACCAGGACCUGGCCACAAAGAAGGCGAAGUUGGAGCCGGGCACCGUGCUGGCCGGCGGAAUCGCCAAGGCCUCCAAAGUCGUCCACUUGCGCAACAUUCCAAACGAGUCCGGCGAGUCGGACGUGAUUGCCCUGGGUAUUCCGUUCGGGCGUGUGACCAACGUGCUGGUGCUCAAGGGCAAGAAUCAAGCCUUCAUCGAGAUGGCCGACGAGAUCUCCGCCACCUCGAUGGUGUCCUGCUACACAGUCAAUCCGCCCCAGAUGCGCGGCCGCAUGGUCUACGUGCAGUUCUCCAACCACCGCGAGCUGAAGACGGACCAGAGCCACAAUAACUCGGUUGUCCAGAGCGACUACCGCAUCCAGUCCCCGGCGGGCGGCUCGCCCCUGCCCCUCUGCGCGGCCACCAAUGCCAGCAACAGUGCGAACAGCUCCGGCGAUGGCAAUGGCACUGUGGCCAUCUUGCAGAACAACACGAGUGCCGGAAACAACUCGAACUCCGCCGGAGGCCCCAACACAGUGCUGCGCGUGAUCGUUGAGUCGCUGAUGUAUCCCGUGUCGCUCGACAUCCUCCACCAGAUCUUCCAGCGCUACGGCAAGGUGCUGAAGAUCGUCACGUUCACAAAGAACAAUUCAUUCCAGGCCCUGAUCCAGUAUCCGGACGCCAACUCUGCCCAGCACGCCAAGUCGCUGCUGGACGGACAAAACAUCUACAACGGCUGCUGCACCUUGCGCAUCGACAACAGCAAACUGACGGCCCUGAAUGUGAAGUACAACAACGACAAGUCGCGCGACUUCACGAACCCCGCGCUGCCCCCCGGCGAGCCGGGCGUGGACCUGAUGCCCACUGCCGGCGGCCUGAUGAACACCAACGAUCUGCUGUUGAUAGCCCCCCGGCAGCGGCCCUCCCUUACAGGUGAUAAAAUAGUCAACGGACUGGGGGCCCCAGGAGUGCUGCCGCCGUUCGCCCUCGGCCUGGGCACUCCGCUGACCGGAGGAUACAGCAGCGCCCUGCCAAACUUGGCGUUCUCGCUGGCGAACAGCGGCGCUCUGCAGACAGCCGCUCCGACCAUGCGGGGCUACUCGAACGUCCUGCUGGUCUCGAACUUGAACGAGGAGAUGGUCACGCCUGAUGCUCUCUUUACCCUCUUUGGUGUAUACGGCGAUGUGCAACGUGUAAAGAUCCUGUACAACAAGAAGGACUCGGCACUCAUCCAGUUGGCGGAGCCCCAGCAAGCUUAUUUGGCUAUGUCUCACCUUGAUAAAUUACGUUUAUGGGGCAAGCCAAUACGUGUGAUGGCCAGCAAACACCAGGCCGUGCAGCUGCCCAAGGAGGGACAGCCGGACGCCGGACUCACUCGUGACUACUCCCAGAACCCGCUGCACCGCUUCAAGAAGCCCGGAAGCAAAAACUACCAAAACAUUUAUCCGCCAUCGGCGACACUGCAUUUAAGCAACAUUCCCUCUUCCUGCUCUGAGGAUGACAUCAAGGAAGCCUUCACCUCGAAUAGCUUCGAAGUCAAAGCAUUCAAAUUUUUCCCCAAGGACCGCAAAAUGGCGCUGCUACAACUGUCGUCUGUGGAGGAGGCUGUGCUGGCGCUGAUCAAGAUGCACAACCACCAGUUAUCCGAGUCCAACCAUCUGCGCGUUAGCUUCUCCAAGUCGAACAUCUAGAAUCCGAUCCGUGGUCAGGUUCACUGAACCUGACUGGGUGCAAACGGCAGCUACAUGCACCACCAACAGCUUCAGAUUUGCUGGCAACAACAGAUACAAUCUAUAAUCCGUAGUACAAGGAGGAUGCACGCCCAUUUUAAUUGAAGCUUCCGAGUCAGAAUCGGAGGACAGGAAGCCAGAUCAGAAACCCGAAUCAAAUCAGAUAAAUGAAAUCAAAUCAAAACCCAGCCCACUUAACCCAACCCAACCGAUCAACCAGCGGCAACAAUCGAUGCAUGAGCUAUACCAAUUUUAUUCAGAGAAUCUAACUCUUAGCCCAGGACCCGCGACUGUUUUCAAGUCAGUCUUGGAAGCUUACAAAAUUUCUAAAGAGACAAGCGCGAAAGUUAAAUAAAUAUACACAAAUGAA